CGUCGUCCCAAAAAUGAUGCAAAGCGAGACGUUUCGUCUAAGAUAAACAAAAAAAUAUUUUUUAAUGUUUUAUUUGGUAAUAAUAUAAAAUAUUGUGGAGUUAAGCUCGUCUGUGCAAAGGUGUUUAUGCAAUGAAUCAUUGCCAUUGGAUUGCCCUAAUUUUGUCAUUAGUGGCUGCAAGAGUAGCUGCUGUUAAAGUAGGUAUCGUCGGUGGCGGCAUUGGGGGCGCUUCCACCGCUCUCUACGUCCGCCGGCUGUUUGGCGAUGACGCCGACAUCGAGCUGUUCGAGAUGGGCCGGCUCGGCGGCCGGCUGGCGGUGGAGGAGCUCGACGGUCACCGAUACGAGGCGGGUGGCUCAGUUAUUCAUACGAAGAACAGGUGUAUGAUGGAGCUGAUUGAAUCACUUGGCCUCCAAACCAAGCCGGCCAUGGGCGGUACGUUCGGUCUAUGGAAUGGCCGGGAGCUGGUGUUUACCAGCUCGACCUGGUCCGCCAUCACCUCAGCUAAACUGCUCUGGAGAUACGGGUCGGAUGUGUUUCGGCUGCGACGGCUACUAUCGGCCACGCUGGCAAAGUUUGACGGAAUAUACAGCCUACUGGACUCCGGCGCCGCAUACGACACUGUGGAGGAUCUUAUCAUGGCCAUGGACCCGAGCCUAGUCAAACUCACCGGCCUGCCGCUCUCACAGUACCUAAAACUGAGCGGGUUCCAGGAGGGGUUCAUCUCAGAACUCGUGACUGCUGUCACACUCAACAACUACGGGCAGCGGCCCGACCGGCUGCACGCCCUCGUAGGUCUGGUGGGCCUGGCUGGCGCUGGAGAUGAGCUGACCUCGGUUCUGGGCGGAAACUACCAGGUGGUGGAGCGGGCGGUACAACAGUCGGGUGCCAGCCUGCGCAGCGAGCGGGUCCUGACGGUGGAAUUCAUAGGCGAGUCGUUUCUGGUGACCACCGGCUGGGCAGCUGAGUCGGACAGCCGUCAGACCCGGUCGUUCGACAUUGUGGUCGUGGCGGCGCCCCAGACCGAAGACCAGCCGAGCCGGGUGGAGUGGCUCGGCCUGCCGGCGCCGCUCCAGUUCCCCGGCACCUACCACCAGCUGAGCGUCACGUUUGUGGAGGCGAAGCUACGCGGUGAUCCCUUCUCUACAUCCACCGUACCCGACGACAUCUUCUGCACUGCCGGCUGUUCGGACGAGCUCAACUCGAUAGGCUCUCAGACGCCUGUGAAUGAGACUUCCAAAGACGUCCUCGGCGACCUCAGCGUACACAAGGUAUUCUCCAACUCUGCUCUUGGGAAGGAGCUGCUACAGAGACUCUUUGUGGACCCUCAGAGACAGGAGGAGGUCUCCUGGAGGGCCUAUCCGCAGUACAACCCCCGCCUGGGGCCGGCCGGGCUGGGGAAUUUCACCAUCAUCAACAAUCUGUACUAUCUGAGCAGUGUGGAGCAGGCUGCAUCAGCUAUGGAGAUGUCGGCUCUGGCGGCCCGUAACGUGGCCAACAUGGCCUAUACGAGGUGGUACAACCGCUCACCACCCGAUCUAAGGAAGAUCAAACACACGGAGCUGUGAGAAUGGGUGAGAGAGGCCGGUCCGGCGAGUGAGAGUGGCUGCUGUCCGACGUGGGAAGUGUGAGAGGGGGUGAGAAAAUCGUCCCGGCGGCACGGAACUGUGAAAGCAGCUGGUGAGAAGGAUCGGCCCAAGCGACCGAGAGCUGUGAGAGUGACCCGUUCCGGCGGCACGGAGGAGUGAGAACGGCAGGUGAGAAUGACCGGCCCGGCGGCACUGAGAUGUUAGAAUCAUUGGCUGAUCGACCAGCAGUAUGCAUGUUUGCUUACUUGUGUGUGCCGGGAAUUUGGUAUAUUGCACUUGGAACGUAUACUAGUCGCGACGUUCAUUGAAAAGCGCGAUGCCUUCACUUUUGAUGACCACAGUAAGUCCUCAUGAUAAAUGGAGGUAGUUUUGUAGGUUUUACUUGGAUAAGUAAAGCCGAGGCUGUUGGGAUUUUGGCGGUAUUAAAAUGUGAUAAUGUUACGUGCCCCAGGCAUUGUGAUUGUGGACUUUGACGUUCUUACAUCACCGGAUCAUGGAUGAGACAAUAGGCCGGAUGUUACGUAACUGAACUAUCAUGUCUUGAAAUUUGGAAAAUACUGCACGAUAAUUGCAGAGUGACGGCAUUCCAAGUAAUCAGUGCUUCUGGAGCGUGGAACUAUGUCCUUAACAUCAGCUGAUCGUUCAUCAUCAUUAGAUUGUCAUCUUCAUUAGGGAUUUUCACAUUCUUAACGUUAACGAUAAUGGUAUGAUAAUGCUCUUAUGAUAAUGAAACACUCGAGGGCCUUGUUGAACAAGGCAAAGGAAGUGUUUGGAUCAUAUUUAGGGUCGAGGUUUGGGUCAUUGUUAACUGCAUUCAGUGGAGUUAAUUGUUUGAUUUUGGGCUGUCCUUCGCUUUGAAACCAUGCGAGCACAUACUGGACGGCCUGAGUUGAAUGCUCUGUUCUGCAUUUCUUCAGCAUUGUACUCAUUUACGUUGGUGAGGGAGUGCGGUCAAAUUACGUUACGUGCGGUUGCUAGAAACGUUCAGUUCUAUCAGUGACGCCAUUUAAAACAAAAUGAAGAAUUGAAGACCCCACAAAGUUGUGACUUUCAUAACUGAUGCUGCACGGACGUGCAUCCAUUCCUCGCCCCCGAAAGUGUGAUUAUCCCUACUUAUAAAGUAUAUAAUAAUUAGGAAGGUUUCGUCCCCGCGUACUUGCCACAACACUGCUCAGGUUAAUCGGAAGAACGUGUCUUAUUUUUCGGCCUUUGUGAAGGGUAACGUGUUAUGCAACAUAUAUUACGCUUUGACAAAUAAAGGCGAAAUAUUA